AUGAGGCCUGUAAUUACUGCUUCAAAACAGAGGUCGUUACAGGUCGUAGUGAGGGUGCGGCCAUUAUCCAAUAGGGAUUUAGGAAGGAGCAGGCAUGACAUCGUUCGUGUACUGGACGACAAGACUGUCGUUGUGCUGGAUCCGGACGUGGAUAAACAAUACCUUGAUAAGAUUCAACACCGAACAAAAGAAAAGCACUUCUCGUUUGACAGGGCCUUUAGUGGCGUUUCGUCCAACGUGGAGGUUUACACUCCCACAGUGCAGCCUAUGAUCCAGGGCCUUACAGAAGGUCUAAACGCCACGGUCUUCGCUUAUGGUGCAACUGGAAGCGGGAAGACAUGGACAAUGGUUGGUAAUGACGAAGAUCCGGGACUCAUGGUGCUAGGUUUCAAUGACAUUUUCAAUCUCGUGAACGGCAUGCAAGUUAACCCAGGAGAGAGUGUUGACAUUUCAUGCUCCUACCUGGAAAUUUACAAUGAGAUCAUAUAUGACCUCUUGGUGGAAUCGUCUGGAAGUUUGGAGUUGAGAGAAGACCCUGGUCAGGGAGUUUCUGUUGCUGGUUUAAAACGCAUCAAGGUUCAAAGUGCUGGAAAGAUCUUGGAUUUGUUGAGACAGGGAAAUCUUCGGCGGAAAACUGAGAGCACGGAUGCCAACUUGACAUCAUCAAGGUCCCAUGCUGUCCUACAAAUUGAUGUUAAGAGAGUGGUCUCGUCACGCUCAGCUGAGCGCGUGAUGGGAGCGAAGCUUUGCUUGGUGGAUUUGGCUGGAAGUGAACGAGCUUCAGAGACAAACAACAUGGGACAGCAGCUAAGGGAUGGCGCCAACAUAAACAAGUCUCUUCUUGCACUUUCUAACUGCAUUAACGCUCUAUGCCAGCAACAGAAGCGAGGGGUUGGCUACGUUCCUUACAGAAACAGCAAGCUGACAAGGUUGUUGAAAGAUGGCCUUAGUGGAAAUUCACGAACUACAAUGGUGGCUACAAUCUGCCCAGCCGCUGACCAGUACCAUCACAUCAUCAACACUUUGAAGUAUGCUGACCGCGCAAAAGAGAUCAAAACACGUAUUAGGACCAACGUGCGAACUGUGGACUCUCAAUCAGGCGACUACCUCAGAAUGAUUGAGAAGCUUCAGGAGGAAGUAAGCAUGCUGAAGGGUCAGUUGGCUGAGCAAGCAGCCACUUCCAGUACGAACCCUGUUGCCGAUCCCUCUGGCACGUCAUGGCUAGACGACAUAAGUAGGCAACUGAACGAAAACGUCCAGGAGCGAAUUAACAUGCAAAAGGCCAUGUGCGAGCUUAACGAGUGUUUGAAGAGGGCUGGUGAUGAAGUUUGCCGAUUGGAUCAGAAAAUUGCUAUUCUACAGAACGAGGAUGUUUCUACGAAGCUGGACGAAUUGCGUCAUCAGAGAGCAGCUAUCGUGGAAAGCAUGUGUGAGAACGAAGAGCUGAAACUGCUAUAUUCGAAGAGUGUGGAGAUGACAGAGAUGCAAUUUCAAUUGGCUCUGAGAGAUCAGUUAAUAGCGGAAAAAUCGUCGGCGAUGAACAGCCUUUGGAUGCUACUCCAAGCAUCAGACAUUGAUAUUGAGCAGCUGCUUGACGCAGCCGUCCAGAAGGGUGUCUCUCUGGAUAGCUCUUUGUCUUCCUAUAUUGAUGUGAAGCUGAAGGAAGCUAUAGCUACCCCGAACGGCAGUCCUAAGUUUGCACAAUCAGUCUUCAGAGCUGCAACGCGAACUGUCCACUCAAGAUUGCAUCGGGUCAAUACAGAUCCAGCAGGAUCACUAUCAAGUCCAUACCUGCCAUUCAGUCCGAGUGAUCGAAGGAAUGUUGCUGAGCUUCCUACUGAGGACAAAAUCGAUGCAAGGGAGGAUGGGGUGCAGGGCAUUCUUGAAGCACCUGCAGCGAAUGUGCCCUUAACCUCAAAUGCAACGAAUUGGAGCACGUCAGCUGAACCAAACCAUCAAGAUCGACACGUUGACACUCUAGUUACUGAGCCUACUGCAGAAGAAGUCGGAGCCGAUGUGGUCCGUGAAGCAGUGCUCGCCAACGCACUUGUGACGUCUGAGGCGAUAUUAUGCAGCAAUUCGAUGGAGUUGUCAGGCGCUGAGGCUGAAAUGUAUGGCCGUCCAUCUGGAAGCACCACUCCACCAAGAACAGCGGCUAUUCAAGCUUGUGCAAAGGUUCUCGGCGAAAGUGUGCUGACGUUCACCAUGGUUGCGAAAUGUUUAGAAGUCACUAUAGGAUCAACGGCUAGUUUGAAAGAGAACAAAACGGUGAAUAAGAUAGACCCGUAUGCAGUUCUAUGCUACAAUGGAGUGGAGCGUCGCACUGACGUCGAGUGCGGUGCAGCCGGUCGAGCAGUUUGGAAUCACCGAUUUAAUUUCCUUCUCCCUGACCGCGAGCAAGAUUACCCUCCAGAGAUGGACGUUCACAUCUGGGACAAGGUGAACGGCCAGGACAAGUACAUGGGAUUUUGCAAGGUGCACCUGGAGCAGGUCUACCUUCGUCAAUCCAUGGACGCCGUUUGGCCGGUGCACCAACGAAACGGCAAGCUUCUUGGUCACAUCAGAUUCCAUUUCUCAAUUCUCGUAGAAGACGUCAACGCCGAUGGCGCUCUGCCGUCCGCUCCUCCAGAAACACCUACUCCUCUCCUAGAGCAUCCCCGCGUGAAUAGGAGGACCAACACAAACAUGGGAAAACCUACAAUUCCAGCGGCUUCUGUUCAAGAAGCUUCGAAUAAGGCAGUUGCUUGCACGGGAAACGCGCUUGGGGCGCAAAAUAAAGGCAAGGUUGCUGAUUCUUCGGUGACUGCUGCUGCUGCUUCAAACGAGGCUUUGGAGCCUCAGCCGAAACGUAUCAACCCUGCUUCAGCAGCACCUCCUGCUACUAUGGCAUCAUCCCCCAUGGGUCCUCCUUCUCCCAAUUCUCUGAGGCUCUCUCCAUCCAAAGCGUUUAAGAAGGUCACGGCGACUUCGAGACAUGCCGUCCGUCCCGGUUCUUGUAACGGCUCUGGAAACACAACCGAUUGCACUGACGGAGGGAGCGGUGCCGUCACCGCGAUUGACGGCCGUCCGUCAACCACUGACUUCAACUCGCGCGACAGUCAAACGGCUCUCGCUUCAUCUGCCGUGCAGCGGUUCACCAAUAAUGGCGCUGCGGGAUUUACGCCAGCCAAGCCUCUUCCGCCUCUCAGCGUAAUUGGCGGCGGGGAUGGCGCUAACGACGGACAUGCGGCCACAGAAGCAGCCUCUGCUUUUGCACCCGUGCAUCAGCGAUCGGGAGCAGGUGCAUCUUCUGACGGCACUGGUGCGAAUCGUCAGGCGAUUUUGAAUCAGGAGCUGAUUGCGGAGGCUCUUUGUAUGGCGCUGCUGGGGGAAGCAGGCAAGGCUGAGCCUGUAAGGAAGCAGGGAAAGAGCGCUGGCCCUGGUGUUGCUGGUCAGGAUGGUUCGAAGCGAAGCUGGGAGCUGCAGGAGGAGAAGAGGGGAGAGGCGGGGGUGGGUGCAGGCAUUGGAGCAGAUGAUGUGGCAGAUGAGGGUCCCAAGCGGCAACGCGUUGCUUGA